CUGGUAAUGGAAUACUGCCUGGGGUCAGCAUCAGAUAUAAUUGAAGUUCACAAGCGACCGCUUAAAGAAGAAGAAAUAUCAGCUAUCUGCGAGGGUGUGCUACGUGGCCUUCAUUACUUGCAUUCUCUGGGGCGCAUCCACCGUGAUGUCAAAGCUGGAAAUAUCCUCCUUACAGAAAAUGGAACAGUUAAGCUGGCGGAUUUUGGUUCAGCAAGCAUCAAAUGCCCUGCAAACAGCUUUGUGGGCACUCCGUAUUGGAUGGCACCAGAGGUCAUCCUUGCAAUGGAUGAAGGCCAAUAUGAUGGAAAGGUUGAUGUGUGGUCGUUAGGGAUUACUUGUAUAGAACUGGCUGAACGCAAGCCCCCAUACUUCAACAUGAAUGCAAUGAGUGCCCUCUACCAUAUUGCUCAAAAUGAUACUCCCCAACUAAGUUCAUCAGAAUGGUCUGACGUGUUUCGUCAUUUUGUGGAUUCUUGCUUGCAGAAGAACCCAAGUGAAAGACCUAGUUCAGGCAAACUGCUCGGGCACCAGUUCGUUACAAGGCAACGAUCACCGCAUAUUCUUAUUGACCUUAUUCAACGAACAAAAGCAGCAGUCCGUGAACUGGAUCAUCUGAAUUACAGAAAAAUGAAGAAAAUCCUCAUGAUUGAUGCAUUUGAAACAGAGAGUAAUCUAGGAGAUGCUGAUGACACACCUGAUGAGCAAACUGGUGGAGAUAGUAGCAAGAGUAAUAGUAUAACCUCUGAGCAUUCAAUCCAUUCUGUGGGUGUGAGUGCAUCUUCGCAAAGCAGUUCAACAAAUAGUCUUCCCCCGGCCACAGAUGGCAAUGAUGGCAAUUAUCCUCCUUCGGUCCGUAGGCACAAGGCCAGUAAUUCUAAUGCAAUCCAGGAUCAUGGAGCUAAUAAUUUUGCAACUAUCAGAACAACAUCCAUUGUUACCAAGCAGCAGAAGGAACAUAUGCAAGAAGAGAUGCAUGAGCAGAUGUCUGGUUAUAAGCGUAUGAGAAGGGAACAUCAGGCUGCCUUACUUAAGCUGGAAGAAAGGUGCAAGCUCGAGAUGGAAGCACAUAAACAACAGUUGGACAAAGAAUACGAGUCUCUGUUACAACAGUUUAGUAAAGAACUUGAAAAGUUACAGGUUAGACAUCAGCAAGAGCUUGAUCGAAAGGUGAAGCAGAAUCAGGCAGCAGAAAAGAAGUUACAGAAGGAUAUUAUGAGUCGACAGGAACAAGAUCGUAAGGCGUUUGAGACACAGAAGAAGAAGGAGUACAAGAUGAGUAAAGAGCGGUGGAAACGGGAACUGAGCCUAGACGAAUCGACACCAAAGCGGCAACGCGACGCCACCCUGCAGAGUCAGAAAGACAACCUCAAGCAACUGGAAGCUCAAGAGGAGCAAAGACUUCUUAGAGGCCAGAAAGAAUAUCUCGAUUUGGAGAUUCGGAAAUUCAGAAGAAAAAAAUUCCUUCUAUUCCAGAGCCUCGAAAGGGAGCUUCUUCAAGAGGAGUUAAGUAAGAGACAGCAACAACUGGAGCAAGCUCACGCAAUGCUUCUUCGGCACCACGAGAAAACGCAGGAAUUGGAGUACAGGCAGCAAAGAGCUGUGCAUCAACUUCGUGAGGAUCAGAUCAUGAGGCAGCAUGCAUCAGAACUGCAGAACCAACAGGACUAUAUGGAGCGUGCUGAACGGGAGCUACGUAAGAAGCAUGCAUUAGAGCUGAAGCAGCAGCCGAAGAGCCUCAAGCAAAAAGAAAUGCAGAUACGGAAACAGUUUAGGGAAACAUGUAAAAUACAAACUCGGCAGUACAAGGCGCUCAAAGCCCAAAUCCUGCAAACAACGCCAAAGGAUGAACAGAAGGCAGUGAUAAAGAAAUUAAAGGAAGAGCAGCGGCGAAAGCUUGCAUUGCUAGGUGACCAGUAUGAGCAAAGCAUAGCUGAAAUGCUCCAGAAGCAGUCGAUUCGGCUUGAUGAGUCUCAGGAGGUGGAAUGCCACCAUUUGAAAGAGCGUCUACACUAUGAGCUGGAAAUCCUAAUGGCCUACCAGUCAAAGAAUAAAAUGCAAGCAGAGGCGCAACGAAAUAGAGAACGAAAGGAACUGGAAGAUCGUGUGUCUGUACGACGAGCUUUACUUGAGCAAAAGAUGGACGUGGAAACUAGACAGUUUGAGCAAGAACGAGAUGAAAGGAUUAGGCUGUUGCAUGAACGACAUGAGAGGGAACUGGAACAGUUUGAUGAGGAGUCUGCUCGACUUGGAUUCAGUGCUCUGGCAAUAGCAGAGGCUCCAAAGGAAGCCUAUCCUGAUGAAGAAAGUCUUUCAGGUAGCAUGUUGAGCCUUGCACACAGCAAUAGUUCAACAUCAUUCCCACCUGGAAGUCUUUAGCAUAUGCUUGAUCAUUUCCCUUGAUCAUUCAUAAAUCCACCUAAGCUCCUAUCUGCCACCCAUUUAAGUACCCACCUUUGCCCUGUGCCAAUUGGCUGUUAACAGCUAGCACAGGUAAAUAAUUUAAUGAGCAAAAAAUGGCAGUGGUAUGAAUUCAGAGAAAUGCAAGCUCAGGUGUUGGAUGUAGUUAAGAAUUUGACUGACAGCCUCGUAUUUCUUAUAAUAAGAAGCAUUGACGGUUUCCCCGUGCUCUGCCAGUUUUACUCUUUGGAAAUUGGUUAUGAGACUAUUUUAUUACUUGUGUUUAUUUAAUUACUGGGCUGUAGCCUUGGCUAUUGAAAGCUACUGAGCAUUUUGAUUAUACAGACUGCAUAGCUUGUAAUGUUCUCUUAUUCCAAUUGCGCAUUCAGUUUACAGCGCAUUUGUUUGAUAGAUAAUUAUACAGAUGUAUUUGUACGAUACCGACAGUGUGGUUGUCCUAAGUUUCAUUGUGUCAAUUAUUAUAAAAGCAGUGUAACAUUCCAUUUGUUCCAGUAAUAGACUCACAAGUGCUUGCAAAACUGAAGAAGUAUAGCGGCUUCUAUAAUUUUUUAAUUCUGUGAAUUAAACGGUACUGUUCAGAAAGAAUUUCUCUGUCACAUGCUGAUUAAGUGUAUUGACACAUUAUGGGACUUUAGAAUCAGCCAAAAAUUGUGGAAGAUACUGAACCACCAUAUCUGGUGUGCAGUAUUCUAAGUCAAAAAUAAACAGAAUUUGUGUCUUGUAUUAUUAUAUAGACUUACUGUUUACCUUUUUCUUCCCUCCCUUUCCUUUACAUCUAAGGUAAACCAGAGGAAAUCUUUUAUUGUGCUUAAAAGAAUAUGUGCAACAUAUGCAUGUAAACAGCUUAUGAGAGAUUCUGGUAUACCAUUACUUCCAGUUAUGGUACUAUGAUUAAGUCUCCUCUUUUUUGUGAAAUUAGUAUUAAUUUGUAUUGUUCAGUUGUACAAAUGGAAUCCUGAAUUGCAUGUGAAUCGAAAUUUACGUGGUUGUAUGUCAUAUUUGAAAGUAACAAAGAAGUUAACAUAAUGCAGAUGCAUUGUAUUGGGGAAAGAAGCUUCAGUCGUUCAGCAGAGAGAGGUGGCAAGGAAAAAUAUGUAACUGGAGAUUGUAAUCAUCUUUUUUAGAAAAAAAAUUAAUGUUAAUUUGCCCCUUAAUGUUUCCCAAAGAUGGUUUCUUAUUGGACAACAUAAUAUUGAUGUAGAUUUAGGCUCAUGUUGUAUUGAAACUUAUUUAAUUCUCCACUUUAUUUGUUCAACGUUGACUGUUUUUAAAGCUUUGCAUUAAAGUAUCUUCCUGUAAUGUGAGAAAGCUGUAGGGUUUGAUGCAUACCUGCAGAGUACUUGAAGGUGGAUUGAAAUAGUUAUAUGAAGCAUAAUCAAAAAGAAAUAUCAUUGAACACCCAGUAACACUAUGAUGAAAACCUUAAACUGGUAUACCAGUGACAGAAAAUUGUUGCUCGUAAAAGUCAACAGGAUGUUGUAACAAUAAUGCCAAAUUUCUAAAAGCCCUUUUAUUGCCAGUUGGCAUGCUGAAGUUGAUGUAAAAAUAUUCAAAUGUCACUAAGUUAGUUACCAACAUUUUAUCACUUUGUAUUACCAAUGUGUGAUGAUAUCUUGUGCAAAGGUAGUAUAUUUGCAGAGCUCAUAAGUUUUAUUUAUUGUAUCAUUUUCCAUGACACAUAGCUUAUCAUAAUUUUUUCUGUCUUCUGAAAUGAAAUGUAAUCCUUGAAAUAACAUACAGUGAUUGACACAUGCUAAUAUUUGAAUGUUUUUCAUAUGUAGUCAUUCACAUAGCCACUUUGUGGCAUAAAUUCACUCAGCAAGACGUAUGCUGUCCUCAUCUGCCAUGUAAAGAUGUACAUAAGUAAAUAAAGUACAUAAUUUUUAAAUAGAU